ACGUUUAUAUCUGAUUUAGAUUCUCGUACGGUGGUCAUCGAACAGCCGUCGCAUUCGUGCAAACUCUGCGGUAAAACGUUUUGGAAUCGGGACUCGAUGUACAAACACAUGAACAUGCACAAAGGGACGACUCAGUGCCCGGUGUGCCAUAAAGUGCUGAGCCGCACGACACACAUGAAGCGACAUUUAAAAAAUCGGCACGGUUGGCUAGGCGUGGGGACGACCGCCGCAGCCGCCGCAACUGCAGUUGCGAACGCCGCAGCAGCAGCCGCAGCCGCAGCCGCAGCCGCCGCCGGGAAUGGAGCCGGGACAGGAGGAACCGCAUCCACCAACGCCGUCCCUGGUGUCGUCCCCGUUGUAUCCGCUGUCAGCGGUGCCUCCACGCCGCCCGACGCCUCUGUCACCACGCCUCUGCCACAGCCUAUUUCCGUCUCCUCCACCGCGAUCGCCCACCAAAACGUCGGAAGUCCCACCGCUGGUCUCGAGCCUAACGCCACCUACACCACUAUACGCAUCAGGGAGAGCAGCGUCGAGAGAAUCACGUCUAGUCCUAUUCCUUAGUGCGAACAUAUCCUGCCCAACCCGUAUACCCGUCGACGUAAGAGAGGAUAAACAAACAAAUCAUCCCUACCCCAUUUCUCUUCUUUCUUCCUACUCCUUCUCCUCCUGCUCCCCCCCCCCUCCUUCUUCUUUCCUCGCGUUUUUUUCCCCUUCUUCAUUCGUCCACUCCUCUCCUCGUAUCGUACGCGUAUCGUUUUCGAUCCAAAAUCGGAAAGAUUUUUACAUAUAUAUAUAUAUAU